GGGUCUACAAGCCGUGCGCGCGCACAUACGCACGGAGCGACGCGUACGUCCACCUGCCUGCCUUACAGGGCACCUAGGAGGGACCCCUUCCUGGCCCAUCCGCGCCGCGCAGGCGCACGGCCACGCAGCGCCUAGACGCCCGACCCGAGCGUCCCGUCUCCUAGUAGCCAGCUGCUAGCCCCCUUUUCCACGAUUCAUUUCUUAAUCCCUGCCUGAGGCUGCCGCACCUGGAUGGAACGCGCAUGCGCAAGGCUGUCUCUCGCAGCCUCGCCUUCCCUCAGCUUGGAACACCUGCUGCGUCGCGGCGGUGGCUUUGUGCCACUUUUCCCAGGGCUUGGGCAUCAUUCUGGACCCAUGUUCUGUGAACCGGUUACUCUCAGAGCUGCUUUCGGGCGCAGCUCCUGCUGCAGCCAGGACCCGUUUCGAGAGAGCCUUCCAGGUCCAGCCCUCCCGCUGCAGCCGGCAGGGAGCAAGCCGGCCUGUCCCGAUGACAUAGACACUAGGUUUUUACAGCAAUUCUCUGAUGACCUUGAUAUAGUAGAACGCUGUGUAUUUCAAGAGUAAGCUCUCGUUUGAGGAGACUGACAAUUCCUGUUUUCGCCAGAUUUCUUCUUGAAUGGCAACCUAAAUGCCAGUCCAAAGAGGCCCCCAAUAGACUUGUUCAGCCUUCAUGUCCUCAACUCUGGGGAAGUUAAGUAAUCAAGUUGAAGAAACGCUUCCACUACUUAAAAAGCCUCUAAAGAGAGCAAUCACUACACUUAUGGCUGGGAUUUUGCGCUUAGUAGUUCAGAGGCCCCCAGGCAGAUUACAGACUGUGACAAAAGGUGUGGAGUCUCUUAUUUGUACAGAUUGGAUUCGUCACAAAUUCACCAGAUCAAGAAUUCCAGAAAAAGUGUUUCAGGCCUCACCUGAAGAUCAUGAAAAAUAUGGUGGGGAUCCACAGAACCCUCAUAAACUGCAUAUUGUUACCAGAAUAAAAAGUACAAAAAGACGUCCAUAUUGGGAAAAAGAUAUAAUAAAGAUGCUUGGAUUAGAAAAAGCACAUACCCCUCAAGUUCACAAGAAUAUCCCUUCAGUGAAUGCAAAAUUGAAAGUUGUUAAGCAUUUGAUAAGAAUCAAGCCCUUGAAGUUGCCACAAGGACUUCCAACAGAGGAGAACAUGUCUAACACAUGCCUCAAAAGCACUGGGGAGUUAGUAGUGCAGUGGCAUCUGAAACCUGUGGAGCAGAAAGCACAUGAGUCCUAAUGCCCCAGCAGCUUCCGGUUGGAGAAUGCAAAUUGUUUUUAUUUAAAGAUGGUGAGAAAGUGUUUUCAUUAAAAUAUGUUUUCAAAACCAUUUUCAGGCCCGGCACGGUGGCUCACCUGUAAUCCCAGCACUUUGGGAGGCCGAGGUGGGUGGAUCACCUGAGGUCAGGAGUUCGAGACCAGCCUGACCAACAUGGAGAAACCCCCAUCUCUAUUGAUAAUACAAAAUUAGCCAGGCGUGGUGGCACAUGCCUGUAAUCCCAGCUACUCAGGAGGCUGAAGCAGGAGAAUCACUUAAACCCGGGAGGCGGAGGUUGCGGUGAGCUGAGAUGGUACCACUGCACUCCAGCCUAGAUGAUAGGAUGAGACUCCAUCUCAGGGGAAAAAAAAAAUUUUUUUUUCACUGACUAAACCUGCUGCAGCUCUUUUUUACUACAGACUUGGAGACUUUAGUUUAAUUUGGCUUAAUUCUCUGUCCUUUCCCUUUCACUGUUUCACUCCAAAAUGGGUAAGAAUGGCAUUGUUUGAACAUCUACGUUUGGGUCUACUGACACCUUAGCAAGCCUCAUUAACCAUUUUAUAAAAAUUGCGUUAUUGUUGUUGUUGUUGUUUUUGAGACAAGGUCUUGCCCUGUCGCCCAAGCUGGAAUACAGUGGCAUGAUUUCAGUUCACUGCAGCCUCGACCUCCCAGGCUCAAGUGAUCCUCCCACCUCAGCCUCCAGAGUAGCUAGGACUACAGGCAGUGUGCCACCACACCCAGCUAAUUUUUAAAAGCUUUUUCAUAGAGACAGGGACUCACUAUGUUGUCCAAGCUGGUCUCAAAUUCCUGGGUUCAAGCCAUUCUCCCGCCUCAGCCUCCCAAAAUGCUGGGAUUACAGGCAUGAGCCACUGUACCCAGCCAAAAUUGUUUUCUUUUUUAAGUGAAUUCAACAAUUUCUGUGAGUGGCUCUUUGCAUGAACACUGCAAUGUGUUGGAGAAAUCCAAAGCUGACCAAAACAUAGUCCCCACCUUUUGGAGCUUACAGUCUGUUCUGGGGAACAGAGAUUCAGCCAAAGUCAAGGAACACUGGAUGCCAGCUAGAUUAUCUGUUUUGUGUUUUAGUGUCUAUAAGUACAUAUGUGGAUAUGGGUUCAUUUUAUCCCUAAAUUUAGUACCAAACCAGCAUUUAAUAUCUAAUUAUAAAUCUAAUUUGGCCUAAACUUUAUUAUUGCACACUGCCUGAACAAAACAUAUUUGUCUCUAUGUAAAUUUUUUCCUCAUGGAACAAGGGUGUGAAAUGAAAAUAUUUUAGAAUUUAUUCAAAAACAGACUAUUCUGUUUUCAGCUUCAUAAUUGUUCUUUGAAUCCUAAGGAACCUCUGUCAACAGUUGAGGUUGCUAUUGAAAAGAAAAAAGAAGGAGGCAGAAAUCUCUCAGGGAGAAUUAUUUCCUUUUUUUCUAUUUCAGAUACCUGGAGGGGUGGGGAGAAGUAAGAAUUGUAAGGGAGGUUCAAUAGUGGGGAAUUCUGUGACAGCUGAUUGAAGAUGAUGAUGAAGAACCUCUGCAUUCUAGUUACCCUUUGUUUUCCUUUGCCUCUUGUAAAAUUUGGCUUGGCAACAAUUACAUUGUCAUGUUUAUUGUCCCAAUAUCCAUCCUGUUGUAGAUCUUAAUGUUUUUGAUCAUUGCAUUAAAGCAGAAGUGCCACCCACAGUGAAACCAGAUCCCAUUAAUAAAUAAGCUUAAAGGCAAUUGCAGUUGUAAUUCCAUAGUUAUUGAAUAUCCAGUGUGUGUAACGCCUGGAGGGGAGCCAAAGGACACUAACUUCUAAGAGCUCCGUCUAGUUGGAGAGAAAUCUGUGUGCCACAACAUACCGUGUCCUUGCCUAUGUGGAGUUGAAGACGUCUGUGAAAAUAAAAGCAGCCUCUGCUAAUUUAGUGCCA